CAACAACAUGUAUCGGUGUACGUGACUUGCGACAUAUUAGAAUAUGAAAAUUGGUUGCUGGGUAUUUAAAGGAGGGGUAAAUGAUAUCUUAUUAGAUCACUGAGCUUCAGAUAUUACCGACGUGUAAAGAGCAUCAAAACUCAAAACAACAUUUUACUCUUUCAGAGGAAGAAAACAAAGGGAAAUGUCCAACAUGUCCAACACUUGUCUACUAGUAUGUCUAGUUCUUUUCUGUAUAUUCCUUCAAGGUGUUAACACGGCGGAUUGUGCCGUAUCCAGGGUUCAGGGUUGCGUUACAAACUUUGCCACUGCAGGGAUAUCAGCAGGCCAGGAUAUAACAAAGCUCUGCAGUGCCGCCCAUUCCUAUCUGAAUUGUUUGGAAAAAUAUGUUGCUGAUUGCGUUCAGGACCUGAGUAGUAACUCCUAUGUAAGCACCUUUAUCACUGCUGCCAAACAAGAACUGAAUAAAGCCGGAUGUGGAAAUGGCGCCAAUGGACCAGUUUACAGUAUCAUUGCUAUUGCUGUUGGAGUUUGUCUCCAAAGACUCUUUUAAGGAUCAUCACAACUUUGAGUGUUUUAUGAACUAAUAUAUAUCUUUCAAAUAUAAUCAUUUUAUGUUUAUUCAGAUUGGUUGUUUUUGUCCCAUUAUACGUUUGUCGUGAUUUAACUUUUUUUUUAUUAAUAUCUACAUAAUUAUACCGUAUAUUUAUCAUGUAUUUGUAUUUACCCGAUUUUGAAUAAUUCGAAGAAAUAAGUGAUAUGAAAAGGUGGAUUGAAAUGCUCCCAAUCAAUAGCCAAUCAGAGAACAAUAAUCAUAACUAAUCAGGUGUAUUUGUAUCAGACAAUCAACUUAGAGUGAAAGUUAUAAAUAUACCUUACUCAGUUGUACUAUGUUCCAUUGAUCCCCUUGAUUCUCUGAUAGUGAACGUAAAGUCGGGACAGGUCUAAUGACUGUGUUGUAAAGCAACAUAAUGUUUCAGUUAUUCAAUCAGUUCCUGGGCAGGGUUCUGUGUAUUUGUAACUAGGCUUUACAUAUAGUGUAUUGGUGACUUGUGCAUAGGAUUAGUGAAUCGUGGUGGCUAGGAUUCGGUAAUUGCGGUCUGUAUCGGUGAACAACAGGAUUGUUACCUGACCACUCAGUCUGCUUUUACUGAAGCAGUAGUUUAUUAUAAGAUAGGCUCUAUAUUGUGUUAGUAAUCUCAUAGUGGAUUUUGUUGACCAUCACUGUUUAGUUCUUGAAUCAUUUUUCAGAUAGGACCGAGGAAAACGAUCUACAUAUAUUCCUUAUAUAAUCAGUUACCCGGUUGAAGUAUUUCCAUUAUAUUUAAUGUAUUUGAUCCGGUGUCGUCUGCUGAGAGAAAUCGCAAGUUUUGUUUGGAUUUAAUUUAGGAUUUAACUUGAUUCUUAGGAAAUAAAUCUAUGCAUUUUUAGUUUAUCAUAUUUUUGUAUGAACUUAUUUCCUCAAGUAGUUUUUUAAAAUCGGAACUGGGAAAAAUGUCGGUAGGUCCAGUCCUAUGCUCGUUUUUAUUCAUAUAUCGAGUUGACAUAUCCCACUGACAUUAUGUGCCAAGGCAAGGCAAAUUUUUGCAUCACGGUGUAUACAUGUAUAGUAGUUGGCGAGGAUGUGUGUCUUUCCUUACUGCAUAUAUAUUAUCCUCCAUUGAAAGAAGUUGUUGCCGCUGCGGACCGAGCGACAUACGAAAGUAAGGAAACCAGAUAAUUAUAUGUGCAUGUAACUUUGAAGAGAAUAUUUAGUUACAUGAUGAUUUAUUUAGAUAUUAGACAUUCUUUUGUGAUUCUAAAUACUAUUUUUUAAUGGAGUCCGUGGUUGCCUUUUUGUCAAUUUCAUUAAUUGAUUUGAUAAUUUUAUUAUUUUAAUAAACUUACAUCAUCAAGAUA